UGGUCGGUUCGGAUGCCAUCCCUACAUAUAUAUCACACCGUACGGAAUUAAAAUCCGUUUUGACUCCCUGGUUCUUUACAAGACGCUUGUUCUGAUACUGCAGCUUCAGCUUCAUCGAUCUGUCCCUUUGUAAACUGCUCCAUGGCGGAUGCAGCUGCUGCCAUCGCGAGUGCGGAGACAUCCGUCGGGAGUGUAGCGCCAGAAAGCAAGCCACAAACGGCUGAAAUAAAGCGAUGGGGUGAUAUGGUAGAUGAUGAGGAACAACCGGGCGACACUGCGUCCUCAUCUGAGGAUAAAGUUGUUGGGGAACUAGAAGUCGAUAAGUUAACUAUUGAAGACAGCAAAAAAGUCAACAAAUUCCUCGAUGAUCCUGAAGAUUCCAGCAUCCAAGCUGUUACAUCUGGUGAUACCCCAUAUACAUCAGCAGCCACAUUUGAAGAUUUAAACCUGUCACCAGAGCUAUUGAAGGGAUUGUAUGUGGAAAUGAAAUUCCAGAAACCUAGCAAAAUUCAAGCUAUAAGUCUCCCGAUGAUCUUGACUUCUCCAUACAAGGAUUUGAUAGCUCAGGCACAUAAUGGUUCUGGUAAGACCACUUGUUUUGUGCUUGGCAUGUUGAGUCGCGUUGAUCCAAAUGUGAAAAGACCUCAGGCACUUUGCAUUUGUCCUACAAGAGAGUUGUCUAUUCAGAAUUUGGAGGUUCUUCAAAAGAUGGGAAAGUACACUGGAAUCAGUUCAGAAUGUGCUGUGCCAAUGGACAGUGGAAACAAUGAUAGAUCUAGAAGCCGGCCUCCAAUAUUUGCACAAGUGGUUAUUGGCACCCCUGGUACAAUAAAGAGGUUGAUGUCGCAGAAGAAAUUAAGUGUUGUCGAUAUGAAAGUUCUUGUUUUUGAUGAGGCUGAUCACAUGCUGGCCAAGGAUGGAUUUCAAGACGAUUCCUUGAGGAUAAUGAAGGAUAUUGAAAGAGUCAAUGGUCAUUGCCAGGUUCUUUUGUUUUCUGCCACAUUUGAUGAGACUGUAAAAAAUUUUGUAUCAAGGAUUGUGAGGAAAGAUUACAAUCAACUGUUCGUGAAGAAAGAAGAACUGUCAUUGGAUUCUGUAAAGCAGUACAAGGUAUACUGUCCUGAUGAGAUGACCAAAAUUCUAGCUAUUAAGGACAGAAUUCUUGAACUAGGGGAGAAUCUGGGACAGACUAUUAUAUUUGUGAACACAAAACGCAGUGCAAGUAUGUUGCAUAAGGCACUCGUUGACUUGGGUUAUGAAGUGACCACAAUACAUGGUGCACUCACUCAUGAAGAUCGAGACAAGAUAGUCAAAGAGUUCAAAGAUGGUUUGACUCAAGUUCUGAUAUCAACCGAUGUUCUUGCCCGAGGUUUUGAUCAACAGCAGGUUAAUUUGGUUAUCAAUUAUGAUCUUCCUGUGAAGUACGAGACUCCAUCAGAGCCUCAUUAUGAGGUGUACUUGCAUAGGAUUGGUAGAGCAGGACGUUUUGGCCGCAAAGGAGCGGUCUUCAAUUUUGUGAUGACUGACAGGGAUGUUAUGAUCAUGGAAAAAAUUGAUAAGUACUUUGGCACCCGAGUAAAAGAGGUCGCAUCCUGGAACAGCGAGGAGGAUUUUAAGGUUGCUUUGAAAGAAGCUGGGUUGCUGUAAUUUCAGCCACAUGUUGUGGCGCUCAUCUUCUGUCACUGAGCUUGGCCAAUAUCAGAGCUUGUGUUUGGAGAAGCUCAUCUGGUCUCUUAGAAUUGCGGAGUUUGUCAUGGAUAGCUGCUAUUUGUGCCCAAGUUAUCCAUUCUAUGACGAUGCCCAUUUUGUAUUGGAAAUAGUUUGUGAUAUUUAUUAUAAUUUUCAAUAGAUCUUGUAGCUAGUAAUAUAUUUGAUCUCCUUAAACUGUGGAUUAUAAGGUGUUGAGAUGUGAGGCUGGUCCACGAACAUUUUACCGUGAUUUUGACUUCAACUUUUCAUACAUAAAUGGUGAUAUUCUAGUGUA